AAGAUUAGAAAGCUGUUGCAGAGAUGCUUCUGUCGAUGUAUACUAGAAAUUUGCGGUUUUAACGGAGGUGGGAGCUGGUUUGACAAGUUCUCACCUGUUGAUUGGUUUUCUGUUUGAUGGAUUUCAAGGAAUUAAGGACAGGGUUUUCUGUUAUUUCUGCGUAGGAAAGGGGGGAAAGAAGCCAUGGACGAAGAGUCAAGCUCAUGGUUGAGGAGGGCUAAGUUUUCUCACACCGUUUAUCAUAGAUUGGAUUCUGCGAGACUGCGUUCUGUUCCAUUAUACUUUCAUUCGGAUCUAGAUUCGAGAUUGAGUUCGAGGUCGGCCAUUCAACAACAGGAUCGUGAUUCCAUAUUGAAUUUGACGUCAACCACUCAAAGGGAUCGUGAUCUCAGGUUGAAAUCGAGGCAUUCCAUGCAACAGGAACGCGGUUCGCAGUUAAAUUUGGGGCUUAAUCGUGAUUCUGUGCAUACCGAACAGUUGCAACGUAAUCCGACCACCAGAUCUUUAUCUCCUCUGCCUGACACUAAUCUCUCGGAUUCAUUUAAGGAAGCUCAAUCUGAGAAGAGGAGAUUUUCCACUCCAGGCCCUCGAAGAAAAGAACCCGAUAGGAAGAUUCCCGGGAAGAUUUUCUUUAGAGAUUCUCAUCGUACUCGGGCAUCGGAUUCUACGUCGUCGUCAACUUCGAUUUCUGAUAAAUUGAAUAGCCGAAGGGAGUCAUCAUGGACGAAGUACUUUGAUCAUGGAGGAGGAAGGGUCACUGCGGUGGAAACUGCUGCAGAUGAAUUCAAGGUUGAUCUCUCUCAGUUGUUCUAUGGGCUUAAGUUUGCCAUCGGAGCUCACAGUCGAAUUUACCAUGGAAUUUAUAAAGAUGAACCUGUUGCGAUGAAGAUUCUUAGCCCACCUGAUGACGACGAAAAUGGAGCCAUAGCGGCUCGGCUGGAGAAGCAGUUCACUAGAGAAGUUACUCAUCUGUCUCAUCUCCACCAUCAAAAUGUGAUCAAGUUGGUAGCGGCAUUUAAAGACCCGUCAGCCUUUUGUGUGAUCACCAAAUAUAUUUCAGGGGGAUCUUUUAGGGCAUUUUUACACAAACUUGAGCACAAAUCUCUUCCCUUAGAAAAACUGAUAGCUAUUGCUCUAGAGAUUGCUCGAGGAAUGGAAUACAUUCACUCGCAAGGUGUCAUCCAUCGUGACCUCAAACCAGAGAAUAUUCUCCUUGAUGAAGACUUUCACGUGAAGAUUGCUGAUUUUGGAAUAGCCUGUGAGGAGGCAUACUGUGAUACCUUGGUGGAGGACCAGGGGACUUUUCGCUGGAUGGCACCAGAGUUGAUCAAACAGAAGGCCUAUGGACGGAAGGUCGACGUCUACAGUUUUGGACUCAUCCUGUGGGAGAUGGUAGCUGGGACGAUUCCUUACGAGGGAAUGAUACCUGCUCAGGUAGCUUAUGCUGUUGUGAAUAAGAACUUGAGACCCAUUAUUCCACCAAACUGUCUGCCUGUCGUUCAAGCAUUAAUUGAGCAAUGUUGGGCUUUGCAACCAGAGAAGAGGCCUGAGUUUUGGCAGAUUGUAAAGGUAUUAGAGCAGUUUGAGUCUUCACUCACUAGUGAUGGUACUCUUAACCUAGUUCCGGACUCUACUUGCCAAGAUCAUAAGAAGGGGCUUCUUCAUUGGAUCCAAAAGCUUAGUCCUGUGCAUCCUGAUGGUUUGCCCUUGCCUAAACCCAAAUUCGUUUAACUCUUUCUUUAUAUCCUGGCUUUUGUAGUCUCACCAGGUCACUGCCAUGUAAUUAAAAUGUUUAUUUUUAGUGUUUUGUCUUAAUUUUUUUUGUUUCUCAA